CGCAACCUUUUUGUACUUUGUACGUAGCGAGAUUGGUGUCUUGUACUGUAACUCAUUCAAGAGUCCAACAACCACUCAUUUUUUCCCUCUCUCUUUUUUUUCCAAAACAAAGAUUCGUCACUCACAUCUCGCCGCCCAACAUGUCGGGGAUCCCACCUGAGAUUGAAGCGCACAAUCAACUGGUUCGAGAGUCAAUCACCGCCCUGGCCACCCCCCUCAACCUCACCCUCCUGUUGGUCUUGCUGAGCCUGGCUUACUGGCGACUCCGACCUUCUUCCCCCCCGACCCUCCCCAAGGGCCCAUCCCCGGUCGUCUUUCAGACCUACACCCCGAGGACCCUCCUCAAGUACAACGGGACCAAGGACAUGCCGGUCUACCUGGCCGUCCGGGGAAAGGUCUACGACGUGACCGCCGGCCGCAACUUCUACGGCCCCGGGGGUCCCUACGAAAACUUCGCCGGCCGUGACGCCACCCGCGGACUGGCCUGCCAGAGUUUCGACGAGGAAAUGUUGACCAAGGACCUCGACGGUCCGUUGGACCCCUGCGAGGACCUCACCGCCGAACAGCGUGAGAACCUACAGGGUUGGAUCGAGAGGUUCGAUGAAAAGUACCUUGUCGUGGGAAAAUUGUUGCCUUUCAAAAAGACGGAUUUCCAUUGAACAAACUACAUGAUUCGACUCCCCUAGGGACACAGGAUGCCAGGAAAAAGAAAGGUUAUACUACAUGUACUCAUAUGAACAAUAUCAAACAAAUCUCUAAAUUUGUCAUGUCUUGUUGCUAUUCGUAGCUAUGGAACC